AUGCUCAGAACACUGAGAUAGAUUAGUUCAAUUUUCCAUAGAGUCUCUGUAAGAUAGUUUUCAGGUGCAGUCGAAGUUGCUCCUAAAGAUGAAAUAUUAAAAAUCUUGCAUUCAGAAUCAAGAGACAUUUUUAGAAAUGUGGCCAUCAUAGCCCAUGUUGACCAUGGAAAAACAACUCUUGUAGAUGCUUUAUUAAGAGCAAGUGGUUGUGCAAAUGAAUAUGAUUCAAUGGACAGCAAUGCAUUAGAAAAAGAGAAAGGAAUUACUAUUUUAUCGAAGGUGACCGGUGUUACUUUUGGAGGAAGCAAAAUAAAUAUUGUGGAUACACCAGGCCAUCAAGAUUUCGGAGGAGAAGUAGAGAGAAUUAUGUCAAUGGUUGAUGGUGUUUGUUUAUUGGUUUGUGCAACCGAAGGACCAAUGGCUUAAACUAGAUUUGUCUUAUAGAAAGCCUUGCAAUCAAAUUUGAAACCAAUUGUCAUCAUUAAUAAAGUAGAUAGACCAACAGCUAGACCUGUAGAAGUUGAGCAUGAAAUCUUUAACUUGUUUUGUGAUUUAGAUGCUCCAAGCGAAUCUCUUGACUAUCCUUUGUAUUUUUGUUCAGGCAAAGAAGGAUGGGUCAGAAAAGGGUCCAUGGAAGCUGAAAAGCAAGGAUUAGAAGAUGUAUUGGAAACUAUUGUUGAAACUAUCCCAUCACCAUAAAUUGGCACUGAAAGCAAUUUCAAAAUGUUGGUAUCAUAAUAAGAAAGUCAUCCAUAUUAUGGUAAAAUUGUGAUAGGAAAAAUUCAUCAGGGAGAGAUCAAACUCAACGAUAAAGUUUUAGCAGUUGACCAAUAAGGAAAGUUAGUUGAAACUGCAAAAGUCUUGAAAAUUUUAAGAAGAUAUGGAAUGCAACAAUUAGAAAUGGCAAGAGCUGUUGCUGGAGAUAUUGUCUAAGUUGCAGGAUUUACUAAUGCAAUCGUAACUAAUACUUUAAAUGAAAUGGGAAAAAAUGAAGUGAUUCCAUCCAUCCCUAUUGAUCCUCCUAUGAUUUCAGUAUCAAUUGGUGUGAAUACUGGUCCUUUAGCAGGAAAAGAAGGAACAAAAUUAAAUGCUUAAUAGAUUAAAGAUAGAUUAAUGAGAGAAGGAUAAAGCGAUGUUGCACUAUAAGUGAUGGUUAAAGAUAAAUCAGACGAUAGUGCUUGUGUAUAAUUGUUAGGAAGAGGAGAUCUCCACCUUGCUAUUUUGCUUGAGAAUAUGAGAAGGGAGGGAUUUGAAAUGUAAGUUUCACCACCAUAAAUCGUUACUAAGAAAUGUCCACAGACCGGCAAAACUUUGGAACCAAUCGAAAAAGUAUCUAUUGAAAUUGAUUAACAAUACAUGACUGGUUUAAUUGAUAAAAUGUCCUAAAGGAAAGCUAUUUAUGAAGAUUGCAUAAAUAUCGAUAAAUCUAGAGUUAAAUUAAUAUUCUCAGCACCAACUAGAGGUCUAGUCGGUCUAAGAGCAGAGUUAAUUAAUGACACUAGAGGAACAGCCAUUAUGCAAUAAUAAUUCUUAGGUUAUUAAGAAUAUAGAGGAACUUUGAAAAAGAAUUUAAAGGGAGCCAUCAUUUCUAUGGCUGCAGGUGCUUGCUAAGGCUAUGCUCUUGAAGAUAUCCAAAAGUUUGGACCAUUAUUUGUCAAACCAGGAUCAAAGGUUUAUGUUGGUUAAGUUAUUGGAGAACACAAAUUAGAAUAAGACAUUGAAGUGAAUCCCAUAAGAGAAAAGAAAUUAACGAAUGUUAGAACAGUUUUAGCUGAUGAAAAGAUAAGUUUAUUCCCUCCCAAAACAUUUACUCUUGAGGAUGUCAUAGCCUACAUUAGAGAUGAUGAAUUAGUCGAAGUAACUCCAAAAGAUCUCAGAAUUAGAAAAAAAGAAUUAGAUUCAACACUUAGAAAAACUUAGCGUAAAAAUCAACAAAAAUGA